CGUGAUCGAUGCGAUAGUCGCUUGAUUAUCCCCAAACUCCCUUCGCUUUUUCUCCAUUGCAACUUUUGCAGGGACUCCACAGACAUGUCGGCUGCCAGCUGAAGUAAACCCUGCGAUUGGGUUCAACUUUUGACCCGAAAAGAAGGCCGGUUGGCGAUCGGCGCGGGGUAGCGCCCAGGAUCUGUCUCAAAUGUUUGUCCUCCGGAGCGGCCGGUAUAUCGGGGUCUCAGAUGAGCAUUUUAAAUGUUCGCCUUAACUGAAGAGCGGGGCUGGUAAUACGGGACACCACGGCACUGUCAACGGCUCAAAAUGGCAGAUUUUUAUUGAGUUCUGAGCUGAAACCUGCCCGCAUUUUUUGCCAUGAGUAAGAAAAACCCUUGCACCGAUGGCCCCCGUAUCCGAAGGUAUGGCCUCCCAAGUGCAAGUCUUUUCCCCCCACACUCUCCAGUCAAGUGCCUUCUUUAGUGUGAAGAAGCUGAAGGUGGAGCGCUGUUCUGCCUGGGAUAUGACCGGCUACGGUACACACGGCAAAGCAUACAGUGUCAGCAGCAAGACCGUGCCUGCCCCCCAGGUGGGCGUCAGCGCCCCGCUCCAGCUUGCUGGCUCCUCCUUGCCCUACGAGCAGGCACUCGUCUUCCAGGCGGGUGGUGUGGCGGCGGCCGCAGCAGCAGCAGUAGGUGGCACUGGCCAGCUCCACAACCUGACCCGGCGUAGCACUGUGAGCCUGCUGGACACCUACCAGCGAUGUGGGCUUAAGCGCAAGAGUGAGGAGCUGGACGGAGCCAACAACAGCAGUGUGCAGAUCGUCGAAGAGCACCCGGCCAUGAUCCAGACCACAGCUACCACUGUGACUGCUGCAGCCGCCUCCACAGCCGCCUCCAAGAAUGGUGGUACUGGUGCGGCCGAGGGUGAUUACCAGCUGGUACAGCACGAGGUCCUCUGCUCCAUGACCAACACCUAUGAGGUGUUGGAGUUCCUGGGCCGCGGCACCUUCGGCCAGGUGGUCAAGUGUUGGAAGCGCGGCACCAGUGAGAUUGUGGCUAUCAAGAUCUUGAAGAACCACCCGUCAUACGCGCGCCAGGGCCAGAUAGAGGUCAGCAUUCUAGCGCGCCUCAGCACCGAGAGCGCUGACGACUACAACUUUGUGCGCGCCUACGAGUGCUUCCAGCACAAGAGCCACACGUGCUUGGUGUUUGAGAUGCUGGAGCAGAAUCUCUACGACUUCCUCAAGCAGAACAAGUUCAAUCCCCUUCCUCUGAAGUACAUCCGGCCUGUGCUACAGCAGGUGGGUACGGCCCUCAUGAAGCUCAAGAGCCUGGGCCUCAUCCACGCCGACCUGAAGCCUGAGAACAUCAUGCUAGUGGAUCCCACCCGGCAGCCCUACCGGGUCAAGGUGAUUGACUUUGGAUCUGCCAGCCAUGUCUCCAAGGCUGUGUGCUCCACGUACUUGCAGUCCAGAUACUACAGAGCCCCUGAAAUCAUUUUGGGCCUACCUUUCAGCGAGGCCAUUGACAUGUGGUCUCUGGGCUGCGUUAUUGCUGAGUUGUUCUUGGGUUGGCCGCUGUACCCUGGGGCAUCGGAGUAUGAUCAGAUCCGCUACAUCUCCCAAACGCAGGGCCUGCCAGCAGAGUACCUCCUGAGCGCAGGGACGAAGACGACCCGCUUCUUUCACAGGGACCCAGACUCCACGUACCCUCUGUGGAGACUUAAGACACCUGAGGACCACGAAGCGGAGACGGGAAUCAAGUCAAAGGAAGCCAGGAAGUACAUCUUCAAUUGUCUGGACGACAUGGCACAGGUUAAUAUUGCGGCGGACCUGGAGGGCAACGACAUGUUGGCUGAGAAGUCUGACCGGCGGGAAUUCAUCGACCUUCUGACAAAGAUGCUGACCAUAGAUGCAGACAAGAGGAUCACCCCCAUUGAGACACUGAACCACCCUUUUGUCACCAUGACACACCUGCUCGACUUCCCCCACAGCACUCGCGUUAAAUCCUGCUUCCAGAACAUGGACAUCUGCAAGCGACGAGUCAGCAUGUAUGAUGCAGUCAACCAGAGCAAGACCCCCUUUAUCGCUCAUGUGGCCCCCGGGACCUCCACAAAUCUCACCAUGACCUUCAACAGCCAGCUUAGCACAGUGCAUAGCCAGGCCACCAGCCUGGCUACCCCCUCCACCAGUGCCACCCUGUCCCUUGCCAAUGCUGAUGUCUCCCUACUAAACUACCAAUCUACACUCUGCCAGCCACCAGCUGUGGCCCAGAGGGGCGUGGCCUUGCCCCCAGGCUCCUCCCAGCUUUGUGCUGCCCGGCCUGACCCUUUUCAGCAGGCCCUCAUCGUUUGCCCCCCUGGUUUCCAAGGUCUCCAGGCCUCGCCGUCCAAGCACAGCGGCUACUCUGUGCACAUGGAGAGCGCCGUUCCCAUAGUGACCCAGGCCCCUGGAGCCCAGCCCCUGCAGAUACAGCCCAGCCUCCUGACCCAACAGCCCUGGCCCAGCGGUACCCAGCAGAUCCUCCUCCCCCCAGCGUGGCAGCAGCUGGCCCACCCCUCGGUGCCGCAUGCCGCCGUCAUCCCUGAUGCCAUGGCGACCGCGCAGCCGCUGGCGGGCUGGAGGAACUCCCAUCCACACAGUAGUCACUACAAUCCCAUAAUGCAGCAGCCAGCCUUGCUUACGGGUCAUGUGACCCUUCCCUCCAGUCAGCCCCUGAAUGUCGGCGUGGCCCAUGUGAUGCGGCAGCAACCAACCAGCAUCUCCUCUUCAAAGAAAAACAAGCAACACCAGUCUACGGCCAGGAACCUGUCAGCGUAUGAGGUGACAUCCUCACAGGCAUUGCCCUCACCCCAGCGCUCCAAGCGUGUUAAGGAGAACACGCCGCCCCGCUGUGCCAUGCUCCAGAAUGGCCAACCUGCAGGCUGUGUCCCGUCGCUGGCCUGCAGUAGCUGGGGAAAUUCAACCUCCAGUAGCACGCAGGAUCACCAGCAGCAUCCAGCCGCCCCGCCUGUAGCCCAAGCCCCGCCCCCACGCCAGACCAUAGUCAUCCCCGACACACCCAGCCCCGCCGUCAGCAUCAUCACCAUCAGCAGCGACACUGACGAGGAGGAUGACCAGAAGCAGGACACUUCCAGCACAAUGUCUAAGCAGAGGAAGAACGUCAUCAGCUGUGUGACAGUGCAUGACUCCCCUGUCUCGGACUCCUCACGCAGCAGCAGCAGCCCGUACGCCGUGGAGGCCCAGCCGACCAACGGCAACAGCCUCUACUCCAAAGGUGCCCCACUGGACAACUGCUGCAAUGGCAAUCCCCGUACCAUCAUCGUCCCGCCCCUUAAGAGCCAGUCUGACACACUGGCCCAGUGCGAGCGUCUGCUGCCAGAAACAGCUACACACCAGGGCUCUGCUUACAAAUUCAAAUCCACCAAUGGUGGCCCCUCUUCUGGAAGCAUAACUGGGGGUGGACCUUUACGGCAGCAGCGCCCUGGGCCACACCAAUUCCAGCAGCAACCCCUCAACCUCAGCCAGCAGGCACAGCAACACAUGAUGGCUGAGCGUGGUUCCGCUCCCCGGCGACAGCAGGCCUACAUCGCACCCACCCUGUCGGCCCAGGCCCCCUAUUCCUUCCAUCAGGGCAGCCCGUCCCACGCAGGUGCCGUGCACCUGCCUGGCCAGCCUCACUUGUACACAUAUGCUGCCCCUGCUGCCCUGGGCUCCAGUGGUGCUGUGGCCCACCUGGUGGGGCCCCAGGGCUCGGCCCGGCAUGCUGUCCAGCACGGCGCAUACCCUGCGGGCAUGGUGCCCGUAGGCAUGAGCCACCGCGUACUUCCCUCACCCACCCUCCACCAUGGCCAGUACCAAGCCCAGUUCACCCACCAGACCUACAUCAGCGCGUCUCCCGGCUCUGCUGUCUACACUGGAUUCCCCCUGAGCCCCACCAAGGUGAACCAGUACCCGUACCUCUAGAUCCAACACUGGAGCCUGACACCCUGCUGCUCAGCCCCCCUCCCAUGCCCUGCUCCUCUCCCUGCAGAGAAGGACUCCAGCACACUUGAAGACAGUGACAGAGGUGACCACAUGACCCCUCCGGGUGGGGGAGGGAGGGGGGGUACUGUUAGGAUUUUUCUUUUAAAGCUGUUUUGUUUUUAAAGGGCCAGUCUGCCAUAUUUCCUGUAGGCCUCUCUGCUUGUCCAUGGCCAUACGGCAUCGUUCCCAGAUUCUGUUCCCUGUCCACUUCCCUCCUUCCAAAAGCGCCUUGGAGCCUAAUAAAAACACAGAUGAGAAGUACAGGCCUCCUCCGAGGACUCUCUCGCCAGAUACAGUCCCCCAGGGGGGGAGAGAGGUGGCUCCCUGCUGUUCUAUGCUGGCAAACUAAGAAUGGCCUUGAACUGACUUAAACCCCCCCCCCUCCCCUCCCCUCCCAUGAGUGAACACCUGGAGUCCCACUGGAAGUGCGACAGUGUGUGACAGAUUCUGCUAGGGUGUUUAUAGAUUUUUUGCUCCCCCCCCCUCCCCUGCCUUUUUAUUCACUUCUGGAAAAAACAUAGGUGUGUUUAUUUUAGCUUUGUUGGGGGGGGGGCAUUUUUAGAAUGUAGCAGUCUGCAUCCUUUCAUUUUGUGAAGAAUUUAGAUACCUGUAGUUAUCUCUGUCAGUCUUCUCUCAAUGUAUUUGCACAGUGGUUAUGAUAACAUAGGCAUGUACUACGUGUGUGUGUGUGUGUGUGUGUGUGUGUGUGUGUGUGUGUGUGUGUGUGUGCGCGCGUGCAUGUGCGAGUGAACAUGGAUGUGUUUGCGAGUGUGCAUGUGUGUGUAUUCUGACCCCUUUAGCACCUUGGUGCAGCCCUGACCAGGCUUAGUCUUAGGUUUUAGCGUUGUUUCCUCAUAGUGCCUUACAAGUAUAUGUGACGUGGUUUAAAGUUUACUCUUCUGGAACCUCUACAACCAACAGAGGCUUGUCUGAGAGACGGAUCCUCAGCCUGAUGCCUGCGGAGAACCUGACCCGGCCGUGAUUUCCUCCCAACUUGCUUUACCUAGCUGUCCACUUCCUGACUGGUGUCGUGGUUCACGAGCCGACCGCUUAACUGUCUCGCAUGAUUAGGUUCCUUGCAUCUGUGUGUCUGACCAUAAUCUGAAGUGAAUAUUUAUGUUAGGUACUGAACCAAAGUCAUGUGUAUAUGUAUAUAUACUCGAUGUAGAGUAACUGUGUCGGCCUCAGCCAACCUCAUCUAACGGGAUGUUGGAGCCACAAGCACUGAGGAAACAGCAUUUUAGAUGUUCAUAAAGAGCGUGCGUAUAAUAAUUACUGUGAUAAUAAUAAUAAUAGAUUAUUAUCAUCACUUAUAUUCUAGCAAGAAUAAGAAUGGAUUUGUUUGCCAAUGUGCGGUGGAUGAGGAGUACAGGGAAGUGGUGGGGGGGUGG